AUGAUGGUGUUUCGUCUCGCCAAAAGGGACUCUCUGUCCAACUCCACCUCCGUGCAGCCACCAGUCACCUCGGAUACCAUAACGCGGCUUCUGGAGGAUCCGUUUGGGUCAUGGCACACAACUUUAGCCUUUGUCGUCUUGCUCUUCGCAUUGGGCAGCUGCGCUAUUCUCCUAGGCUCUCGAUAUGCGGAGAUACUCCGAUUUGACGCCCACAGCCACGACGAGCUCCCAUUGACUCUCAAUCGCCAGCGGCCAAAUCGGUCAGGCAACGAUGCAGGAGAUCCUGGAUCUUUGUUCGAGGAGACUGCAACGUCUCAAGUCACCCACUCACAAGAUGGCCACCAAUUCGACCUCAGACGACGCCCAGGUACCGCGACUGUCCAGCCUGGCUACGUUGCGAUCGGAGAAGUUCGGGAAGGGAUGAUAGCGCAGAGGAGAGCAUCCUUCCCGAGAGGCGCCAGACGAGUCAUAAACGUACCUGGUUAUCUGGCACUGAAGCCUUCGCUGGCUGACGAUAACCAGUCUCUGGAGUUUCAGGGCAAAAUUCAUGGGACGGUCUAA